GUCGUGAAAAAAUGUAGGAAACCUAACGAAUUUAUGAUCCUUGCCUUGCAGUUGCUCGCGGGCCCCGAAAUGGAAGGAAUCGAUCUAAUCAUCAGACAUAAGGAUGAAACUCUGAAGCUCUCCUAGUCGCUAAUACGACUAGCAUGGAGGGGCUGAUUUAUUGAUAAUUCAAUAAAUACACAACAUUGAACAGCGAGGAAUUGUCAAGUAUUGUCAAAAAUGCCGGCGAUACUAGUCGGACCGCCGCAACGCAAUGAGCAAAUGUGGCAGGCGCUCAAGAUUCAUAUCUUGAGGGAGCGACAACGAAAGAAACAAGAACAAGAGGCUGACGCUGAGGAGGAGCGUUUACGCAAGGAGAGGGAACGCCAGCAGAAGCAAGACGUGAUGACGUUAGGCGAGACGCGGGAACAGAUUUCCAACUUGGACAACGAACUGUCUCAACUGAAAGCGGAGAAGCAUCAGUUGUUCCUGCAAUUGAAGAAGGUUCUGAACGAGGACGACAGAAGGCGACAACUGAUAAAAGAAACCAACGUUUGCUCGGAAGUUUCGACGACAGUAGGAGGGUAUCCCACAGCGGGUCCAAGGGUGGUACAUCCGCAAUUGUUUCUGCCGCUACCACGCAGCAGCAGUCCUCUCUACAAGGUUGCCGUUGGCACACCGACGCAUCUAUUACAGAGUGGAACUAUGAAAAGGACUCACACUCCGUCGCCGCCGCCCACUGCGUCAUAUCACAGCGCGUACGGCUACAAACCACCACCGUCUAUUCCGAGUUAUAAUCCACCACCUCCUAAAUCUGAGGAUGCUAGAAGAUCCGGCGAUGCUAGGGCAGUUCUUUGGAACAAGAAUAAUCAGUACUCCGCAUCGAAUUUCUAUUCGGCGCCCGCAGGCCAGAGUGUUUACAGUUACUCGGCGCCAGUCUCACAGCCGUCUCGAGAAUCCUCGGAAUCAGCUAAACCAGUUUAUCUCUCGGGCGGUAGAGCGCCACUGGCCACACAUCAGACUGCAUAUGUGACUAAUUUACACUCGAUGGAGCACAAGGGUGCCUACGGCGAGGACAAGUUUUACUUGCGGCCGACGAAUCACGUUACCGUUCACGGUGGAGCUAUCCCGAUUCAACAACCGCCCCAGGGCGCGAAAACAGGCGGAAUUACUUCGGGUUAUCCUGUACGAGCACCUCAACCACCCAGUUCGUAUCCGCCACCACCGCCCCCGUCUCCCGGUACCUACGUGAGUGGUGCAGCUGCCAAUGUACCCGGUAGGCUACUGUACACGCAACCUGGUGCUCGCUACCUUCAACGAGAAAUAUAGGAUCAUAUGUUUCACAAUGAAGGAUUUUAAUCUCUAACACGCGUCAUUCUUUCUCGUGCGGGGUGUUGAAAUCUAUAAAUUACAAUCUGCGUUCGAUGAACCAUUCACGAGGAAUGAUUAGUCGAUAAUUGUAUAUUGUGUAAAAUACAAACAAGAUGAAUGUACAUGUAAAGAGUUAUUUGAAAUCAAGUUUAAAACAAA